UUAGCACAGAUAGGGAUAGCGGCACAGUUACCAAGUGGCAGUCACAGCGAUACCAACUUUGACUUCGAUUCAUUCUUCCGGUUCCUUCUGAACAAGGGUGAAGCAUACGAGACAAUUCCAGUGGAACGCUUCAAUGUCGAAAGGCAUGGACUUGGGCGAGUUAAAACCAAGAUGGGCUCCUUCCUCAAGGAUAUCGACCUACUCGAUGCCAUCGAGUUUGGAAUGACGAGCAAGGAUGCCCGCUUGAUGCCGCUUGGCGGGAGAAAACUCAUAGAGACCGCCUUCUUAAGUUUACUCGACUCUGGAAUUGACUACCGAGGAAAGAAUGUGGGAUGCUUCAUGGCAGCAGUUGCUCAUGAUAUAUGGUCAAUCUCUGGUCAUGAUGAUGCUGAAGCAGUAGGCUCGUUCACCGCAGCGCCCUCAAUGGUGGCGAAUCGAGUGUCCUAUCACCUCGAUCUCCGCGGCCCAUCUGUCCCCGUGGAUACUGCCUGCAGUUCAAGUCUGUAUGCAACUCAUCUGGCAGUACAGGCCCUCAGAAACGGGGAGUGCGAAGCCGCUGUAGUUGGUGGUUGUCAAAUCAAUCACAGAUUCGCCGACUGGUUGGUAUACAGUCAGGGAGGAAUUCUAUCUCCCGACGGCAAGUGCAAACCCUUUGAUGCAUCUGCAAAUGGGUUUGGUAGAGGUGAAGGUGUUGUCUGUAUCGUGCUCAAACCCACGACCGCUGCAAUCCGGGAUGGGGAUAAGAUCUAUGCCAAUGUACGUGUGGGCCAAAUCAAUCAUGGUUUGAUUUCUUCAAGCAAGUCCUUCAUUAGAUUCUCGGUACUGGACGUAGCUCCCGUGAAUGCACCGGUAGCAUCUGCUCAAUAUGAUGCCAUGCGCCGUGCUUUUGCUCAAGCAAGGCGUGAUCCACGAGAGGUCGAUUACGUCGAACUACAUGCUACUGGGACAGCACAGGGUGAUCCGACGGAAGCAAACUGGAUUGGUGAGCAGUUCCUUGGAGCAGAAUCCUUGUGCAUAGGCAGCGUGAAGGGAAACAUCGGCCAUCUUGAAAUCACGUCAUUCCUUGCAUCUUUAUGUAAAGUUUGCGGCAUGUUUCAAACAGGUGUCAUACCCCCCAAUGUCAACUUUCGCGACCCCAACCCCCUAAUCCAGUGGGAAAGGUUUAAACUUCAAGUCCCCACCAGCCCGGAACUGUUAGGCUGCAAGUCGCUGAGUGGAUGUUCACUGAUUGCCAUGUCCAGCUCGGGCAUUGGGGGGGCCAAUGGGCACUGUGUCAUUGAAGAACCUUCUCCUCGCUCUCCUUGUCAGUUUACCUUUUGGAGGGAAGAAGUGUCAUCUGAACCUCUCCCCGCUGUGUUGGUUGCUGCUGGCCUUACUCCCCGUUCCGCGGCUGCCAUUGCAGAUGAACUCCAUAAUAUGGUUACCAAGGACAACCAACACGACAUCUCUUGUAUCUAUGGACGCCGCUCUCGCUCUUUGAUAUGGCGUUCCUUCUCUGUCGCCGUGAAUGGCCGGCUGUCGCCUUUCUCAAAGCCGGUGAUGAUGCCUAGACUGGCUCCUAAAAUUACAUUUGUAUUCUCUGGCCAGGGACCACAGCACAUUGAUAUGGGCUAUUCCCUGAUGGAGAAGACGGGCCUUUUUUCAGCCACUUCUGAGCUGUGCAACUUAUCCCAGGAUGUGUGGCCUAUCUCAGUCACCCUUCCCGCUAUUGCUAUGGUUCAAAUGGCUCUGGUUGACACUUUGUCUUGUUUAGGCAUCACCCCUGAUGCUGUCCUAGGCCAUUCUGCAGGCGAGACAGCCUUGUUAUAUGCCUCUGGAGCAGGUUCAAAGGUCAUGGCCAUGGAGCUGGCCAUAGCUAGAAGUCAGGCCAUGAUGUUACUGGAGGAUCAGAAUGGUGCAAUGGCUGCACUUUCUUGUUCUCAGAUCAUGGCUGAGGAGAUCAUCAAGAAAGUCAGGGAUCAACUUGGUGAUGGUCCUCUGGAGAUCGGAUGUCUCAAUGGUCCCGAUGCAAUCACACUGUCUGGCCUUGCCUCCCAUAUUGAUUUAGCUGUCGACAUAGCACGCUCCGCAGGGUUCCUAUCAAGGCGACUGACCACUCGCACUCCCGUACAUUCCUCGAUGAUGGAAAAGUGUGCCAUUGAGUACAAGGAACGUGUUUCACGCGUCUUUUCACACUAUCCUGUGGUUGCUCCUACUGUCGCUGUGUAUUCAACAGUAAGUGGGCAGCGACUCUCCGGCACAUUCAGUCAAGAUUACUUUUGGGACAAUGCUCGUCAGCUGGUUAAAUUCACCCAUGCUGUAGAGGCUCUUGCAGCAGACCACCCAGAUGUGACCUUCAUCGAGAUUUCACCCCAUCCAGUCCUCACUCACUAUAUUCAAUCCAUCAUUGGUUCAGAUGCUGUCGUCACCUGCCCCAUGUCAAGACCAAAGCACUCGGAAGUCAGUCGAGAGGUCGAACUCUAUCAGUUCGCUGAGUGCCUCGGGAGACUCGUCGUGUCUGGGCACAACUUUACUGGUCUUGAGAUCUUUGCCCGGGGAACCUGCAAGACGGAUCAGCCUCCUCCUUCAUAUCCAUUUUCAGUAAAACAGAUACCGUAUGUAGCGCCAACACUUCAAAUCAUGAGACAGAGGCAACACCGAAAUGGACCCUUGAACUAUCCACAGCUUCAGCUCAACACAAAGACACACCCAGAGUUGGCAGGUCACAUUAUCAAGGAUGAGCCAAUCAUGCCUGCUGCUGGUUUUCUGGAAAUGGUCAGUCAUUACUUACUGUAUUUUCGUGGCUCUGCAACUGAGGGGAAUACACGCGCUCGAGUCCGUGCAUGGUGCAUCCAAAGAAUGGGACGCCUCAAGCACAUUGACAUGAGAGGUAGAAAUCCUAAUGUUCUAGUAAGACAGACAGCUGACCGUUCCUGUAUAGAUUUCUACAGGCGAUUUACUUCUUUCGCUCAAUAUGGCUCCACAUAUCAGCGUGUCACAUCGUGCUAUCAUGGUUUCCAAAAGGAUGGGCAAGAGGAAAUACUCAUACAGCUGCGUGGCAAUGACGGAGACCUCCCCAGUUUGGAUAACUACGUCAUUCACCCCGCGAUUCUUGACGCGGCCAUGCAUGCUUUAGUGCACCCUGUUAUGACCGGUAGAGAAGAUAAGUCUCGAUAUUACCUUCCUUCAAGGAUUGGAGCCCUCCUCGUUCACAGGGCUUUGUUGCACAAAUCCUUUUCCGGGACAUUAUUCACUCACGCAACUCUGACGGAGUGGACUCCGGAUACAACGACAUAUGAUGUCUCCAUUUUUGACACUCAUGGUGCAUGUCUCUGCACGAUAGAGGCCUUAGAAGUGGCGCUCCAUGGUCCCCGCAGGGAGCAAGUUCAUUUCCGGUACGAGUUGACAUACGUGGAACCCUUAGGCGAAACCACAGGAUUGGAGUUGGGUUAUGCGGGUUCCCCUGAUAGCAUCACUCCGAGCUGUGGAAGUCCAGGGACAGCAUCUUCAGAGCAAACCGGGGUCUUCUUGUUUGUUGGAGAAAGCUUCGACGCAAUUGUGAUUGAAUAUGCUCGCGGACGAGAAAUGAAUAUCAAGCAGGCUAUCGUCGAGCUCGAUCCUCAUAUGAAUCUGUCCCUCUGGUUCAUUUCCGUGGAUGGGAUGAACGGACAAGCCUCCUUUGGUUUUACCAGGUCUCUGAGGCAGGAAUACCGCGCAUGGACCAUCAGAUGCGUAGUCUUUCCAUAUGCGUGGAAAAAGGAAAGAAUGAUUGCUGCUGUCCGUACCCUGGCAAACAGGGAUUGCGAACUCGAGGUAAUGAUCGGGGCACAUGAAGAAAUACUGGUUCCGAGGCUGGUACCUUCCGCCGCGCCGAGUCGUGCGGUCCCGUUCGAACCCGCGGAACCUUGGGUUCUGGAUGCAGGUGAAGUGACCCACAUAUCCCUGCCUGGAGUACCACAGAACCAUGUGCUCGUGCACGUCGCCGAUGUUUCGAUAAUAACAGACACAUUGUGGGCGUUUAUCGGGGAAAUCCAGGAUACCACACGCCGAGUUAUUGGCAUGACAGCCGGCCCACUCACGAAUGUCGUAGCCACGCAUGUUGGCAGCAUUGCAGAUAUCCCUAGCGAAUCGACUACAUCGGCGUUGGGCUCCGGUCAUAUCGCUCGUGCGAUCGGCAUCCUCUGUAUAGGACCUGCGAUAUUCCGUAAUCCCCUCCGGUUGAAUGGUGCUACAGCUCUUGUGACGCAAUCUUCAACUGAGCUCCGGCAGCAGCGUCCAAAUUACGUCGUGUCGGCAUGUCAGCGCUCGUCCUUGGAAGAGAUGUAUGCCGACAUUCUGCAUCCAGGCGGCAGGCUGCUUGUUUGGAGGGACAAGGGGGCGAAGAGCUUGCAUCACAUCUUGGAAUUCGACCCUUGGACCUUCGGCGACGCCUUGCGAUGCGCGCUCAAUGACGCAAUUGGCCUGGUAGGCAAGUCCUUUGUACCACUCUCCGCUUCACUAGGCAAGCAAAUCCCCGACGUCGUGGCACACAAGAGGACAUUAUUCAAAAAAGAUAAGACGUAUCUACUCAUAGGUGGAAUAGGGAGCCUAGGCAUAGAGAUAGCGCUGUGGAUGUAUCAGCUAGGUGCCCGGCAUAUUGUGCUCACGUCCCGCUCGGGAGUUGAAGGGGUUUCCCGGAGGGAACUUAGCUCUUCGAUGCGAAUUCUAUCUUAUUUGAAAGGACGCUCAGACCUGUCACUACGGCUUUUGAAGGUUGACGCCACCUCUUUGCAAGACAUGGGAGCUCUGGCCCAUGAUAUCGGUGAAAAUCUUGGCGGUUGUAUGCUCCUUUCAGGGAUCCUGGAGGACCGGACGUUCGCCCUGCAAACAGAAGAUACCUUCGAAAGACCUUUCCCACCUAAAAUCAACGCAUUCCUCACUCUACAAGAGACUAUGCCGGUGCACGAAAUGGAUUUUGUCAUUGUCUUCUCAUCAGUUGUCGCCGUGUUCGGGAACGCAGGUCAGACAAAUUACACGAGUGCAAACACCGCGUUAGCUGGGCUAGUGCAAAAUCGCCGGAAUAUGUUCUGUCUAGUAUGCCCUGCUGUCAAUGAUAGUGCGGUGGUGACGAGUCAUAUCGGGGACAGAGCAUAUCUUUCGCGUAUCUCACAUAUUUUCAGCUGGGGUGUCACCUGCUCUGAGUUAUGCAGUCAACUGGAAGAUGGGCUCCUUAUACUUGCAGAAAGACCCAUCUGGCAAUACGUCCCACAUCUGGACUGGAACACCAUUGCAUUGAAUAUGGGCCGCUCUAAAAUUUUUAACCACCUUAUAUCCGACGAAUAUGUUAGCAUCCGCGCGGCGGAUUCGCUUUCCUCACCCACGACUCUCCGAGGUGUGAUAUGUCAAGUCCUCGAAAUUGCGAUGGAAGACUUAUCUCCGGACGUUCCUUUGACGAGCUAUGGCCUGGACUCCCUGUCCGCUGCUUCUUUAUCAUCUGCACUUCUUCCGUUCGUCAAAGUGUCGCAGAUACAGCUUUUAGCUGAUGUUACGAUUCGGCAACUCGAGACGCGUAUGGAGGCUACCAUUAGCCAUAGCACUCAGAUACAAGCUCCCAAUAACGAGGACGAUCUCAAGGCCCAAGAGAUGCUCCAAUUGGUGGAGCACUUUGCGUUAGGCCUUGCGCUUAUGCAUCGUUCACGCAGUCGCGACGGGGCAUCAGUAUUCCCGAAUAAGAUCCCACUUCUGACCGGUACGACCGGCAGCCUCGGCUCGCAUGUGUUGUCCAGGUUGCUUAUGUCCACGGAGGUCGAGAAAAUCUACCUGCGGGAUAGCGUGACCCAUAUAGUGCACAUUGAAGCCCCUAUUGCAGACGCGAAGGUUGCCGUAGGAUCUGGGUACUCUGAAUCAAAAUGGGUUGCCGAAAGUCUCCUAGCUAUCGCGGCAGAGCGCGCUGCUCUGCCAGUUACCGUUGUCCGUGUUCAUCAGCUGAGUGGCUCCGACAACGGCGCCUGGAAGUCUUCUGAGUGGUUCCCAUCGAUGGUAUCCGCAAGUGUCGCCUUAGGGUACUUCCCCAGUGGACCUGAUACUAUAUCCUGGUUGCCCGUCUCAACAGCUGCAGCAGCACUGUCGGAGAUGAUCGACUCGGAGGAGCCAAUCCUCCAUCUUCGACACCCUUCGCCGGUUCCCUGGAGUAGUAUCGCCAAUCCCAUUGCCGCUUCUCUUAACCUCUCUACAAUCUCGUUCCAGGAGUGGUUCCAGCUUUUGCGAGAAGAGCUAGAGGCCAUUGACCGUGGGACCCGCACUAUGUCCAGAGAGCUGGAGCCAGGUAUCCGAGCCAUGGACGUAUACCGUACGGCUUGCCCGAUGGAUCACCCUGCUCGGGCAAUUACGGAUAGCAACGGCAUCACCGUCAUAUUGGCCAUGGAGAAAGCCCUGCAAUGCUCUCCGACCUUGCGAGACCCUCGUCUACCGCAGAUUCAGCCCAGUGAUGCCCUCAAAUGGAUAGAUUACUGGAGGAAGAUAGGGUUCCUGCCGGAACAAUGCUCAGGGCCAUCGGGUAUACGUUCCUCUUAA